UUGAAGUAUCGUGAGUGACUCAGGAUUUCUCAUGAGCACCAUAAUUAGCACUCGGCCUUGUUCUUAGUUGAACAUUUCGAUUAUCUAUCUAUAAAAAUAAGCGACGAACGUUUCUAGAUCAUCUAAAUCUAAGGCUUUUAUUUCAUCAUCGGCUGGGCAGCCCCUCCAUCAGGGCUCGUUAAGAUGCCCCACGCUGCGACGGGCCUUCAAGCCCUCAUUCUGUGCGGACCCGGAUCUUCGUUUCCGACGUUCACCUCAAACCCAGAUGAGAAUCCCAAGGCUUUAUUACCUAUAGCGAACCGACCUAUGGUAUGGUAUCCCAUAGAUUUCUGCUAUCGCACCGGAAUUACCAAUAUCACACUUAUUUGUCCCCCCUCUGCCUCUGAAGCUAUUACUACGGCGCUGAACACAAACCCCUUUCUGACUGGCUUACCUCAUCCUCGACCAGAUCUGGUGGCUCCUCAUGGUCUCGAUCAGAACGCGGGCACCGCUGAGAUAUUGCGGCUUCCCGAAAUUCGAGACCUCGUCACCUCGGACUUUAUAGUCUUACCAUGUGAUCUAGUUUGUGAGCUAGAAGGCGAUAAGCUCUUGCAAGCAUGGAUGGUUAAAGCUGCGAGUCUCCCAGACAUCCUAGGCAAUGAUGAGCCGCCAUACUGCAAUGGGGGCUUAGGGGUAUGGUAUGAGACGAAGACGGCCACUCCUGUUAAGGGCGAGGAGACGGAUUUCAUCGUAACUGCGCCAAUGACUAUCCCUUCGGUACCUACAUCUAAAGAUUCGAUCCUACCACAAUUAUCCUACCUGACUUAUUCCAUGCCAAAAGACUCGCUCAACGAUCUCGUGGAUGAGAAGAAGGGCUUCCCGAUACGGCACGGCUUAUUACGCAGCCACCCCAAACUUAGGAUUCUCACAACACAUCGGGAUGCUCACAUUUACAUUCUACCAAAAUGGAUUUUGGACUUCAUCCAGGAAAAUGAGCGUCUCGAAACAAUCGGUGAAGACGUCAUCGGUUGGUGGGCAAAGGCUAAUUGGGAAACGGGACUUUUUGGGAAGUUGGGAAUGAAGAGGGUUAUCGAAGGUCGCAGAAAAGUACCAGAAGGAGACAAAUCAGCACAUGGAAAUAUCGGAGAGGCAGAGGAGAAUCUACUCAUGUCCCCAACAAGAGGACGAUUCGAGCACUCCCCUUCUGCCGAAGAUAUACAUAAGGGACAUGGCGACGGACUGCUAGACAAGCCAGAAGAGCCCGCCGUUCCACCGAUUUUGGCGUACAUUCACCCUAACCAUGCGGAUGCUCCGCUACUCCGUCGCGUUGACACGGCUCAACUUCUCCUCGCCGUAUCGUUACAGCUAGCAAAACUCCCCUCUAUUGAGGAAACAGGCCUUGAGACUGCAUCUCCGUUUGCCCAUUCCAAAAAGGUUGCUUACCCAGAAGGCGUCAAGCCCCGGACCACCAUCACUAGACAAGACACCUUAAUUGCCGAGAAUGUGAUGGUAGAGGAGAAGACAUCAAUCAAAGAGAGCGUCGUUGGAGCUAAUUGUCAAAUUAAGGAGGGUGCAAAAUUGUUCCAAUGCCUUCUGAUGGAUGGCGUGGUGGUCGGCAAAGGCUGCAAAUUGACUCGUUGCAUCUUAGGCAAGAGAAGUGAGAUCGGAGAAGGGUCCACGCUCACAGAUUGCGAGGUGCAAGAAAACCUGUUGGUCGAACCGAGAACCGAGGACAAAGAGAGCAAACUUAUGAGCUCAUCCGGACUGGAGGCUAGCGAGCAGGAGAUGCGGGAGGCAUUGGACGAUAUUGACGAGAGCGACGGAGACACCGCCAUGUUAGGAUAGGGUAAAUUAAGAAAUAACCGCAACCCAGGUUACCGGUAUCCAAUGCAAUAGAAUUCCUCGUGGCAAGGGUUUCCCGGAUCAUGCUACGUAACAGCCUCCAACUUGCGAUUCCCCCUUUUAGACAUUCAUAUCUAGCAUUACACCGCCCCGUUUUCUUUCCGGAGAUCAUUCGCGAUCACGGCCCCCAAGCGGAGGCUUCAUAGAUGUCAUCACCUCUAAUCUGUUGGUAGCAGGGAAUUUGGUGAAACCCCUCCAAAUAGCACACCAAAUAUUUGACAUGCAGAUGAUAUUUGAUCGCUUGCUUAAUUGGAUUUUGUCUUGGUACUUUGCUUCUAGAUGUGUUUGGGGUUUCUUUGUUGCUGCCUUCCUUGGUAGGCACUUGAUAAUCUAGAGCUUCAAUUUCCU